AUGGGGAUUCUGGCAGCUUCGAUCACAAACGUAACUCGUCCAGUGGGAUUUCACAUUAUCGGAUUUACGUAUUUAAAGUUUGCUGAUCUAUAUUUAAUUUUCCUCGCAGUCGUUUAUAUUGUAACAGUUUUGUCGAACUCCUUUAUCAUUUCCAUUAUAUGGAUAGAUAAUCGCCUACACACUCCAAAGUACAUUGCAGUGGCUAAUUUGGCGAUCGUUGACUUGGUGUUCAAUACAACAGUCAUUCCUGGAAUGAUUAAGGCCUUCCUCGCAAAGGAUAAUUUUAUUUCCUUCAACGCAUGUUUGACACAGAUGUUUUUCUAUUAUUGUUUUGCCUCAUUAGAGUCGUUUUCCCUCAGUAUACUUGCAUAUGACAGGUUAAUCGCGAUUUGUUUCCCACUGAGACAGAGUUCUAUCAACACAAUUACAGUCAUGGUCAGUAUUUUAGUCACCGUUUGGUCAUUUUGUGUAAGUAUUAUAUUCUUCUCCACCACAAUCAUGAGCAGGCUGUCUUUCUGUAAUUCUCUCAAUGUGUACAGCUAUUUUUGCGACUACGCCCCUGUGUUCAGACUGUCGUGCAACGAUAACAGAUUGCAGUGGGCCACUGCCACAGCACUGAGUUUAAUUAUUCUGUUCGGGCCACUUAGUUUCAUCGUCAUAUCAUACGUGUGUAUCCUGGUAGCUGUAUUCAGAAUGAAAAAUGUGGAGAGCAGGUACAAGGCACUUGCAACUUGCACAGAACAUCUCAUUCUAGUGGCGGUUUUCUACUUGCCGAUUUUGACGUUGUUCAUUAUUGGACUUUUUUUAUUCCGUGUCGAUCCGGAUAUCAGAAUGGUGAACUUGUCGUUAGCCUCAUGCAUACCGCCCUGUCUGAACCCCAUUGUAUAUUCCCUGGCAACCAAAGAAAUCAAGAACAGAAUACUAACUAUGCUCCAUAAAGCCAAGGUAGCCAUGUGUGCAGGGCAGGCGUAG